UGUUGCCUCAGCCUGGUCCUUUCUUGGUUUAUUCCUAUCGUUCAUAAUGAGCUACCCUCAAAUGGCAGCUAUGGGAGGCGGACGUCAGCCCGUUUUGAUUUUGAACCCUUCAGCCAAGAGAGAUAGCGGUCGCCGUGCUCAGCUCUCGAACAUCAACGCUGGGAAGGCCAUUGCCAGUAUCGUUCGAAGUACUCUUGGACCGAAGGCGAUGUUGAAGAUGCUCCUCGAUCCCAUGGGAGGCAUCGUCCUCACCAAUGACGGUCAUGCCAUUCUAAGAGAGAUCGACGUGACCCAUCCCGGUGCCAAGACGAUGAUGGAACUUUCGAGGGCACAGGACGAGGAGGUUGGAGAUGGCACUACGUCUGUUAUGAUUCUCGCUGGUGAGAUGCUAUCUGCCGCUGAGCCUCUGCUCGAGCCCAGCAGGAAGAUCCAUCCGACUAAGAUCGUUGCUGGCUACAUGAAGGCUCUCGAGGACAUCAAUAAGUUUUUGCCUGAGAUUGCUGAGAACAUUGACGCUAACGACCAGGAUCAGCUCUUGAGGACCGUUCGGGCGAGCAUCGACACCAAAUUCGCUAACAGGUGGGGUUCUAUGAUUUCGGAGCUUGCCCUGAAGGCCGCCCAAGUGGUGAAGAUUGAUCGUCCCGGUGCUAAACCAGAGAUCGAUCUCAAGAGAUACGCCAAGGUCGAGAAGAUCCCUGGCGGUGAUUUGAGCAUGUGUCGAGUCCUUGAUGGAGUUAUGCUCAACAAGGACGUCACCAAUGGGAGGAUGCGACGUGUCAUUCGGAACCCACGUAUUGUCUUGCUUGAUUGCACUCUAGAAUACAAGAAGGGUGAAUCGGAGACCAGCGUUGAGGUGACCAAGGAGGCGGACUGGGCUGCCUUGCUACGUCAAGAGGAGGAGGAAGUUCAGAAGAUUUGCGACCACAUUCUCGCGGUGAAACCCGACUUGGUCAUCACAGAGAAGGGCGUGUCUGACCUGGCUCAGCACUUCCUCAUGAAACAGAAUGUUUCAGUCAUUCGCAGAGUUAAGAAGACCGACAACAACCGUAUUGCUAGGAUUUGUGGUGCCACUAUCGCGACAAGAGCCGAGGAGCUCACUGAAGCCCACGUUGGAACUGGAUGCGGAACUUUCAAGGUUCAGAAGGUCGGCGACGAGUGGUAUACCUUUUUGGUCGACUGCAAGGAACCUAAGGCGUGCUCAGUCGUGCUUCGUGGUGGUAGCAAGGACGUUCUGAAUGAAAUCGAACGAAACUUGCAGGAUGCUUUCUGCGUUGCUAGGAAUAUUCUUAUUGAUCCUCGCCUCCUGCCUGGUGGUGGUGCUACCGAGAUGGCCCUCGCUGCUAGACUCAACGAGCAAUCCAAGCUGGUUGAGGGAAUCACCCAGUUCCCCUACAAGGCGGUCGCUUCUGCAUUGGAGGUCAUCCCCCGUACUUUGGCUGCCAACUGCGGUAUCGAUGUGGUCCGUAUGCUAACUGAUCUUCGCAGUAGACAUGCGAAGGGAGAGUACUGGUGGGGGAUCGACGGCACCACUGGUGAGGUCGUAGACGUCAGAAAGGAGGGUAUUGUUGACUCGUACCUUGUCAAGCAGCAAACCUUCAAGGCCUCGAUUGAAAACUCUGCUAUGAUCCUAAGGAUCGACGAUAUCGUCAGUGGAAUUUCUCAUCACGAUAAGGCUGGUGCGGCUGCCGCUGCUGCGGCUGGAGGUAAUGUCUAACGUCGGUCUGCCUGUUCUCAUUUUUAGUGUGCGUUGUCUAGCCAUGCCAGCAGAGUAGAGUCCUUUGACUCACUCAGUAGACUAGAUGCGCACACUUACUGUUACUCAUUCAGAUGAAGAGCCUAAUGAGACCUUCGGCGACUCUCGCGACGGCUAAACUUCCAUUAUUAACGUCCCUGGUGUUGCCGUAGUUCUGAGACGAGACACAGCACGUGCGUGUUGUUUCGAAAAUACCAUCGUUAACGUCGUUUUGUGGGUUGAACAUAAUUUCC